UGUUGCAGCUACCUCCACCUCAGCUCCAAGGGAGACACACAAGAUGGCGACAACGCCGUCAGCACAGGCACCGGUUAUGCUGACCUGUGUCCUAAUGCUGCUGACAUGUAUACAAAUAUCACAACAGCAAGUCAAUUUUUACAACUCUUGCCAAGAUGCAUCUGCUGAGGGAACCUUGAGGGUGUCUAUAAAUGAAGUAGAUAAUCAGGCAACAAUUGAUGCUUCACCAAAUGAAUACAGAGCUGGACUUGGACUGGCAGGCAAUACACAGAGCAUUGGGCUUCAGUUUGAUGCUAAUACUAAUGCUCAGCUUCCUCCUGCGGAGUACUUUGCUCUGGAGUCUGGUCCUCGAAGUGGCAGCGUAACUGGAAGGGAAUGGUUCCUGAGACUGAAGAAACCCAUUGACAGAGAUGGUGGUCGUCCAGACUCACUUGACGACAGUACUGUGUUUGAGUAUUACCUCCAGUGUACAGAUCUCACCAUAAACACACCUGGCGACCCAAAUGUUGCUGCCAGCAUCCUAGCCAGGGAUCAGGACACCCUAAACACCCCAAUUAUCUUCUCAGUGGUAUUGAGUGAACCUCGUGGGUACGAGAACAGUUUCAAAUUACGAGUGAGCACGUGGCAGGUACAAGCAUCUACAGGGUGAUACAACCCAUUGAUACAACCCAUUGACAGGAGUUGAUACAACC